GGAUGAACCUUCGGGAUGCAGAAACAGGGAAAAUCCUCUGGCAAGGAACAGAAGAUCUGUCUGUCCCUGGAGUGGAGCACGAAGCUCGAGUUCCUAAAAAAAUCCUGAAAUGCAAAGCAGUCUCUCGGGAGUUAAACUUUUCCUCAGCAGAACAAAUGGAAAAAUUCCGACUGGAACAGAAAGUUUAUUUCAAAGGGCAGUGUCUAGAAGAAUGGUUCUUUGAAUUCGGUUUUGUGAUUCCUAACUCCACAAACACUUGGCAGUCCUUGAUAGAGGCAGCACCUGAAUCACAGAUGAUGCCAGCUAACGUUUUAACUGGUAAUGUUAUUAUAGAAACCAAAUUCUAUGAUGACGACCUUCUCGUAAGCACUUCCAGAGUGAGACUUUUCUACGUUUGAGAUGGGGCUUUUUGGAGCUGUUUUAGUUUUCCUCCAUACAGUUCUUGGUGCAGAACCCCCCGACUAUCCAGUGGAAGACACUCCUGUAGGCGGUGACCCUGGGGACCAGCUCAACGUGGGUUGUGACCUUUGCCCAUCAGUUAUUUUACUUUCUCCUUUGACAAGACCAGACCAAACCCUCAGAGACCACGACCAUCUGCUCAGCAGUGCACUGGGGAGUAGAGGCUGUCUCUGAGCAUGGGCAAACGAUGGUCAUGCAGAACCAAUACUGUAAAUUGUUAGUCUCAUCCUUUGUACAUCUCUGGAUCUGGUGUGACUUCCUAUUUCCACUCACACCAAACUCUCGAUACAUUUCAUUUUUGGGAGAUUAAGUUAACCUUUUGUUUUUCUCAUGUUGUAGGUUUUUAUCCUUUCACUGGAUUUCUGUGUAAUUGGCCCACGCGUGCUCUUACCCUGAAAUUGUAAAAUAGACUGUGAUAUCACCUAAUGUAAUUAAAACAAAUUUCUCAAUUAAAACAUUCCUACCGUCCAAAGAAGGGAAGAAA